AAGACACAUAAAAGCUUCAAAAUUCACAAGUGAGGUGUAUAUAAUGCUGACGUAUUUUAUGUCCUAGAACUAAACGUAAAAGUCUCCUAAACUUGUGUUAGCAACAGAUAUUAUUUUAAGCAUCUAACCAAAAAUCCAUUGACUUUGAGACAAGCAAACAGAGGGCGCUAAAACGCUAACUCAUUUCCGGGUUUUGGAAGUUAGUAGCUUGCGCUCUAUCAGUUACUUUUUGGUGGUAAAUGAAAGUUAAUUGUAUGUUUUGGUAGUCUAAGAGGUCUUGUACUAAAAGACCCGCUAAGGAUUUGUAUAUUUAGUUUUCUGGAAAGUACAUUUUGUUUCAAUGGUUUCAGGCCUGUGUUUCGCUAGCAAAAACCUAGCAUUAGCAUUAAUAUUGUAACAGCCUUCUCUAUAUUGUAUGUAUGACCCUCUUGAGUGGCCGUAGGGCGGAAAAGGUUUUGGGGUGACAUUCCGCUGUUUUGGGUGGCUCAAGCAAAUGUGAAAGAUUUGGUGUGAAGAAAAUGAAUGGAAAGCGGUUGAAGUUGAAACUCUUACACCGUCUUCCGUCCCGUUUAUUGUUUUAUUAAUUAUUCAGUUAGGCGAACCUAGAACGCUCGGCUAUCACCAUUAGCCACAGUUAACCAAGCUAGCCAUGCUGACCAAGAUAGCAGCUAGCGUCCUCCAAUAAAGUCACUCCUGGCUCCAAAAAAACAAGAUGGUGAUGGUCAUAAUGCCAACUUGAGGCUUCAAAAUGGGAGUCCACAAACCAGUGGGGUGAUGUCAAGGUGGUGGUAUUUUUGAGACCCGGGAGAGUGAGUUAGUGAGUAUGGAUGAGCUGGCGUUCAAGUUUGCUGUAAAUAACAUAAACCGCAACAAGACCCUGAUGCCCAACACUACUCUCACCUACGACAUUCAGAGGAUCAAUCUCUUUGAUGGAUUCGAGGCUUCCAGAAGAGUGUGUGACCAGCUAGCUCUCGGGGUGGUCGCCGUGUUCGGCCCUUCUCACAGCUCCUCGGUCAGUGCUGUUCAGUCGAUCUGCAACGCUCUGGAGGUCCCUCACAUUCAGACCCGCUGGAAACACCCGUCAGUGGACAACAAAGACACCUUCUUCAUCAACCUGUAUCCUGAGUACACCGCCAUCGCCAGGGCCAUCCUGGACGUGGUAACUUUCUUCAAAUGGCGGAAGCUGACGGUGGUCUACGAGGACAGCACAGGUCUGAUGCGGAUGCAGGAGCUGAUCAAGGCUCCGGCAAAGUUCAACCUGAAGAUCAAGAUCCGCCAGCUGACUCCAGGUAACCAAGAUGCCCGACCACUGCUUAAGGAACUGAAGAAAGACAAGGAAUUUUUCAUUCUCUUCGACUGCUCCUAUCGUAUGGCCUCAGAGCUCCUCAAGCAGCUUUCAUCUAUGGGAAUGAUGACGGAGUACUAUCAUUUCUUCUUCACGACUUUGGAUUUGUUUGCCUUGGACUUGGAGCCGUACCGCUAUAGCGGGGUCAACAUGACGGGCUUCAGACUGCUAAAUGUUGAUGACCCGUGGGUGGCCUCCACCAUGGACAAAUGGGCCAUGGAAAGAUUGCAGGGUCCCAAACAAGAGAGUGGCCUGAUGGACGGGAUCAUGACUACAGAUGCGGCCUUGAUGUACGAUGCAGUGUUCAUGGUUGCCGUGGCGUCGCAGCGGGCCACUCAGAUGACCGUCAGCUCCCUGCAGUGCCACCGCCACAAACCCUGGCGCUUCGGGCCACGCUUCAUGAACCUUUUCAAAGAGGCACAGUGGGAUGGACUGACAGGGCACAUUGUUCUUAAUAAGACAGAUGGCCUGAGGAGAGACUUUGAUUUGGACAUCAUCAGCCUCAAAGAGGACGGCACAGCCAGGAUUGCUGUGUGGAACUCGUACAAGGGAAUGAACCUGACGGAGAAGUCCAGCCGAGACAAGAAUAACAAUGUGACAGACUCUCUGGCUAACAGGACUCUUAUUGUCACUACGAUACUGGAAAAUCCAUAUGUGAUGCAUAAAAAGUCCGACAAGGAGCUAACUGGGAACGAUCGUUUCGAGGGUUACUGUCUUGACCUUUUGAAAGAGCUCUCCAAUAUCUUAGGCUUUACAUAUGAAGUCAGGCUGGUGGCUGAUGGGAAAUAUGGUGCCCAGAAUGACAAGGGAGAAUGGAACGGGAUGGUGCGGGAGCUGAUUGAUCACGUUGCAGACCUUGCCGUGGCCCCUCUGACCAUUACAUACGUCAGAGAGAAAGUCAUCGACUUCUCCAAGCCCUUCAUGACGUUAGGUAUCAGCAUCCUGUACCGCAAACCUAACGGCACCAAUCCGGGCGUGUUCUCCUUCCUUAAUCCCCUGUCGCCGGACAUCUGGAUGUAUGUGCUGCUAGCCUGCACGGGAGUUAGCUGUGUGCUCUUUGUGAUUGCCAGGUUUACUCCAUACGAGUGGUACAACCCGCAUCCAUGCAACCCAUCCUCAACUCUGAUACAGAACAAUUUCACUUUACUGAACAGUUUCUGGUUUGGUGUUGGAGCUCUCAUGCGACAAGGCUCGGAGUUGAUGCCUAAGGCUCUGUCGACUCGAAUAGUCGGGGGUAUCUGGUGGUUCUUUACCUUAAUCAUCAUCUCUUCCUACACGGCCAACUUGGCUGCCUUCCUCACUGUGGAACGAAUGGAUGCGCCCAUCGACUCAGCAGACGACCUGGCGAAGCAGACCAGGAUUGAAUACGGGGCGGUGAGGGAUGGAUCCACCAUGACCUUCUUCAAGAAAUCAAAGAUCUCCACCUAUGAGAAGAUGUGGGCGUUUAUGAGCAGCAGGAAGAACACUGCCUUGGUUAAGAACAACAGAGAGGGCAUCACUCGGGUCCUGACGACAGACUACGCCAUGCUGAUGGAGUCCACCAGCAUCGAGUACAUCAGCCAGAGAAACUGCAACCUCACGCAGAUUGGAGGUCUCAUAGACUCGAAGGGCUACGGAGUGGGAACACCUAUCGGUUCUCCAUACCGGGAUAAAGUGACCAUUGCCAUCCUUCAGCUGCAGGAGGAAGGGAAGCUGCACAUGAUGAAGGAGAAGUGGUGGAGAGGCAAUGGCUGUCCAGAGGAGGACAACAAGGAGGCAAAUGCUCUGGGUGUGGAGAACAUUGGCGGUAUCUUCAUCGUCCUGGCGGCUGGUCUGGUUCUCUCUGUGUUUGUGGCUAUCGGGGAGUUCAUCUACAAGGCUCGCAGGAAUGCCGACAUAGAGGAGUGUGUGUCUUUUAGCGCCCUGAUGGAGGAGUUGGGUAUCUCCCUGCAGUGUUACAAAGGCGCCCGGAGGAGGUCACGACCCCAUAGCGGAACAAGGACAGCUUGUGUCCUCUGUCAACCCAAACUUACUGCAAAGAGGGAGGGAGUGAGACGGGACUCCAGCACGUGAGCCUUGGAUCUAAACACUGACGGGACUUAGAUCAGAGACUGCUGUUUGAUCGCUCUCCACUUUGUUUGCAGGCCAUCGAAUGAUAUGACGUUGUUUCCUCAUCACCCCUACCUUUUAUGUGUCUGGAUAAUACAUUAAUCGUUUUACUGUAGAUGUAGUUUACAAAGUCUUGGCCUUGUAUCAACAUUAAUGAUGUUAAAACAGGUGACGACUAGAAGAAUGAAAGCGGUUUCAUUGUGUAAAAACCAUUGCUGUUCCCUCAUGGCUGUAGUUCAUUGUUCUGAGCAGUCUGCAGAGUUGAAUCUGCACACUUUAUAGAUACUCCCAGUGUGUAAAUGUAUGACAACU